CUGAACGACACAUCAGACAUUUUCAUUUCGUAGGUAAAUAAAUGAGAUUCAUCAAUAUUGCAUUAUUCCUUCGUAACAACUGUUCACUCAACAUCUAAAGUUAAAUAAUAGUAGAACAAACAAUUCUGAAGUGAUUAGUUCGUGAAUUGUGUGCAUAACGGUGCUUAUAGGUGUUGAAAUUUGAAAGUGAAAUUAGACAAGUUAUGGAUCAAGACAAGCCAGAAAGCAGUUCGAAUACUUCGAAUCCCGGAAAGAGGACACGACCUUUGCUACUGCAACCAAGUCCAAAGAUUGCUAGAAUAUCAGCAUACGCAAGCUCAACCUCUAGUGGGGUGUUGAAGAACUCUAAAAAGUUUGGCCCUCAUUCUCCUAAGAGGGCUAAAGUAUCUUAUAACAAGAGUGAUGUGCCAUCUCCAGGCACUCCUGUGCCUGAGAAAUAUGUUCGUAAGGCUGGCCCUUACCUCUUGGGGCCUAAAGUUGGCCCCAGUCCUGUUAAAAGUAUAGUGCAGUGUUUAGCAAGGAAAGAGAGAACUGAUGAGUUCUAUCAGGUGAAGAUCUUAACCCUACGGAAUGAAGGUCAGCCGGAGACGCAAGAUGACAGGCAGGGCAAGAUGCUGUUGCAUACGGAGUAUUCCUUACUAUCCUUGCUGAAAGACCAGGAUGGUGUCAUCCAUCAUCACGGGCUGUUUAAGGACCAUGCACUAGAAGAAGUUCCAAAUCCGAAUGGCAACGGUUACAUGUACACUGGCCGAGUCCGUCAGCGCUUGUUCCUCGUCCUAGACUGUGUCAGUUCACACCAGUUCAGUGAGAAAGGGUCCGAGCUAGUCAACCUACAGCAAUACGUCACUAAAGUCAAGAAAGUUCCUGAAAAAGAGGCGAUACUGAUAUUCUACGAUAUUGUGAGGGUUGUCGCUAAUUUGCAUAAGAGGAACAUAGUGCAUCGAGACUUAAAGUUGGGUAAUAUAGUCCUGAACCAACGGACGGGACGUAUUACUAUAACUAACUUUUGUUUGGGUACACACCUGGGCAGCGACCGGGAUCUCUUGAAGGACCAACGAGGAUCUCCGGCCUACAUAUCACCCGAUGUCCUCCUUUGCAAGCCGUACUUGGGCAAGCCGUCAGACAUGUGGGCGUUGGGCGUCGUCCUCUACACAAUGUUGUAUGGCCAGUUCCCAUUCUGCGACACUAGUCUUGCUCAGCUCUUUAGCCGGAUACAGGCCGCCAAUUAUAAUAUACCACCGGAUGGAAACACCGUGCAAGUUUCCGACAACACUAUUUUCCUAAUACAACGGUUGCUGGUUAAAGAUCCGAAGCACAGAUUAAUAGCGGAUGAGGUAUUAGACCAACUUUCAAGUAUAAUAGCGAGUUACGUGAUAGUUCCGAACCCACCAGAAGAUUUGCAAGUCGUUCCAGAUGUCCCGCUUGAAGAGGAGAAACAAGUCAAGUCUCCUACGGCUGUCCAAUCUUCUACAGAGGUCGAUAGGAAGCCAUUCUUGACUAUACCUGAGAGUAAUGGGGAAAGGACGCCUAAUGCUACGGAGGAACUGGGAGUAUUCUGCGUACCAUUACCGGAUUUCAUAGCAGUAAACUUCUCGAAUUCCACGCGAGUGAACCAGAACAGCCUCAUACUUCAACCGACAAGCGCGCCAGUCGACCCAUCCGCCCUCGCAGCACUGAACCAACCACGAAACAUCACCGUCCAGCGAAUCGGUAGGGACGCCAGACCUCUCCUACCAGCAGAAAUAGCCAGGUACCAACACAUGUUUGCUUCCAACCCCACACAAAGGCCAGAACCACCCCGUCGACCAGACGCACCAAACUUUGUACCAGAUUCUUCAAGGCAGGAGCGACCAACUUCCAGACUUCAGUCGCUUGCUCAACGCAUUCCGAGGCUCAUUCCUCCUAUAGCAACCACUUCAGGCCAGACCUCAGCUGACUUCAGGGUCAUACAAUGGCCUGAGCCUCGUCCCAGAGGAUGGGACAAUGACUACAUACUUCGUUUACCCGUUCUAGAUCUUUCUAGAGUGAAUGGCAAUAGGAUAAUGAAUCCUGCACCUGUUCAUUCGAUUAAUCCUGAAGCCGUGGUCAAUAAUCCUAGGCCUAAUCCAAUGGACCCGUCUGAUGCUGAUUAAUUGUUGUCAAGUAAAAACAAAUACAGUUUUUGUACGAGGUAAUUUUUAAGUAGAUGCUGUAUUUUAAUGUGGAUUGAUUUGUGCCCUAGUAUUGGAAUGAUAUUCACCUUUGUAAAUAAUUUGGACUAACUUUUCCAUAAGAAUCAAGACUUAAUAAAGUAUUAGACAAACCGACAGACUGACUAUUCCCUUUUGACUGUAAUUGAGUAGCAUUGUAAUAUUAGGGCAUGAGUUAUCAGGUUCUAUACACUAAAUUGGAGACAAAAUGUAUUCAAAACCUCUUUUAAUAAACGUGUGUUCUUGGAAUUGCAAUAAAUAGUAUUUUAUCUGAAACUAUGAUAGUUGCUAGGAAAUGAAAGAAGGAUUUGAUACUAUAAAUGAUAGUGAAUAAUGUAAUAUUGGUAGAUUUUAAGUAAUACUUGUAGAUAUAGUUUUUACUGUCAGAUAUGAGUGAGAGUAGGAGAAGUAAGAGUAAGAGUCAGGGAACAAAGAAAGAAUAAAAGAUAGAGUUAGGAAAUGAAUGGAGAAUAAAGAAAUUCGGAGAUUGGUAUUGGACAGUCGAUAGUCGUAUUUAGAAGCCAGUGGAACGCACGAUAAGCCGUCAGCCCUUAGCCUGAUCUCUUUUAGGUUGUGUUGGAUUGCAUUGUACAAGAGUUAGGGAUCAGAGAGUACACUUGUGGACUAUAAUAUCUUUGUUAAAAGACCAUUCAUGGAGUAGAAAAUAAGAUUUUAGUCCAGUUAAGCAAAAAUGUCCCCUUGUUAUACACGAUUCUAUUGUAAUACAUGCAUUGGGUUUAGAUAAUGAGGGCACAGAGAGUGCACCUGUGUUUGCGCACACACUUGUGCACUAUAAUAUCUCAUGCCUAGUGGGCUAGUCUAGUUAGACAGACUGGCCACCGUGAUCGAAAUCGAUCGGGAGAUUUAUUAAUAGGUACUGUCUGAAAUAGAUCAAGAAACGUUAUUAUUAUUAGCUGGACUUUGUAAGCAUCCAACGUCAGUUUUUACUUAUCAUCCCACCCACACAUCUGUGAUUCUACACAGUAGAAGUUUGAAGCAAUAGUAUUUGUCGAUAGUCGGUAGCGACGACGUAAAUUUUUUGUAUGGCAAGUUUUAGUUCUACAUGUGACCGGUAGAGGCGUUGUAAAAUUUGAUAUUCAGAAAAUUUACGUCAUCGCUAGCGACUAUCGACAAAUACUUUUGCUUCUAACUCAUGGUAAAGGUACAGUACCACAUUUUAGCUCCAAUUUAGUACAAAUAUAUUAUGUAUAAUCGUAUCUAUACAACUAGGUUCCCAAAUAUUCUUAAACGUCUGAAUUAAUGUAGUUAUCGUAUGUUUAAUAGAAACAAAUUGAUUUUAAAGUGUGGAGGGAAUUGCUUAUGAUUAUAAGUUUAUUUUUUAUUAUCAUUAUUAUAAUCUUUUUAAGUCUGAUACGUUUUAUUAAGUUUUAAUUUAAGUAAUUACUGUUUAUUUGUUUAUCUUCUUAAUGUGUCUUGACAAAUAUGCAUCUAUAAUCGUGAUUGCUUGACUUAAUCAAAGUGUUUAUAGAAGUGGGUUUUCCAAAUUAUUUUUUAUACCACUGAGAUAACACGAAUUUGUUUCUGAUUAUUCCUUCUAAAUGAAAUGCAAAGAAAUCAUUCAAGUAAAGUAUGAGACGGUUUUCACUUUGAAUAGAUUAGCAUUUGUCUAGCAGUGGCGUAACUAUUUUAAUUGGAGAUCAAUAGCGUAGCGGACCUUCUAUAAAUUAAACAACAAGGUUUCUUUCUCCAUUAUUUUUUACAAUUGUUUCUCAUUUGUUUGAGCUUCCAAUUUCACUACAGAGGUUUUGAUCAAGUCGUUUUUCCAUCUUUCUAUGGACCUUCCCUAGUAUCUCUUUCUUUUGGGCCUUGGCCUUUACCACCACUCAGUUUGUAUUUUUAUUGUCAACGGUUGUUAAAAUCAAAAGAAAAAGUCCUUUCACCACUAUACCAAUCUAUAGUUAUGCCUCUGUUAUUUACUGCCGUACUCAGAGAUAUUGAAUGAUUACUUAAACUAUUCCUUAGGAACGAUUUUGUUCCGAAAACAAUUGCUAGGAACGGGGUUAAGUAACCAUUAAAUGACUCUGAGUAUGGCGGUUAGACACCCUGUUUAUAAUUUUCCUUCGUUUCAAAUGAUAAUGGGAUGUUUAGAUUGUUCGACUCAACUGAGUUAAUCCUUUUAUGAAUAACUAUUUGGAUUUGAAUAACCAAUUGAUACUUAGUAGGUAUUUGUAUUGAAUCCCGUUUUCUAGAACGUAAAUCGGUUAUAGAAUUUUAUGCUUUUGUGUAAUUGAUUGAUCAUAAGAACCUAAUGCUUUAGGAACAUGAGUAGGAACGGGGUGGUUUUUUAUCAGUAAUGAGAAUGGCGUGAAUGGCACCUAAGAGGGGAGACUUUGCCCCACUUAAGAAAAUGUUUUAGUGAAGUUUAGUGCAUCGAGCGUAAAUCAAUGAUGCGCUUGACGCAUUUUCCUUCACAUGUGAAAGCUCCCUAUGUCCAAUCAAUAAUGCGUAACGUAAGAUUUGAUCACUGAUUUACAGAAACACAUCAUCCUAUACUUAAUUUGUCAAUUUUAUGUCUAAUGGAAUUUAAACUUAAUAACAAUACAAUAGAGUUGAUAAUGUUGACAGAUUGGCUUAGGUUGAUGAGUUAAUAGAAUUCGGGGUUAUAUUUAAACAUAUU